AUGACCGAAGCUCCUCAGUUCCCAUACGAGAUUACCUCCUGGGCCAUGGACAGUCUAGGGGAUUUGCAUAUGGGACAAGACGAGCUUGGCCAGUACCCCUUCAUCGCCAGUGAAUCUCCUUUGACUAUCCAAGAUGGCCUGGAUCCAUCCUGGGCUGGCGAGCAGUUCAACUGGGUGAACGAAUACCCGAUAAAAUCGACGGCAUUUCAACCAUACCCGCAAUUAUGGUAUGACGCCGGCCUGGUGAGACAGGACUGUGGGAUGAAAGCCGAUACCUCAAGUUUCUCACUCAACCAAUCAACCCCAUUCCACACCACCGAGAAACCCCCGAUCCAUCCCCGCCCAGAUCUCCAACUUGCAACACAAAGAGCGCUCUUUAUGACACCCUCCCCAAAUACCCUACCAUUCACAUUCCCCGGAUCUCCCACCUCAGAUCCCCACGGGUCCCCGGGCUCAAGCCACGCUUCAUCAGCGGGGUGGGACGUAGAAGCCGAAAACGAAGAUUCCCAUUACAAGUUCGAUUUCGGGCCGUCGGGGUUAGACGCCCAAUAUCAGGCUCCUAGUCAGACCCACACCCUAAGCUCCCCGCACCAUCAAUACUCAAGAAAGGACGAAGAAUGUCUCACACCACUAGAGAUGCCAGAUGGAAGUACCCGCAUGACAUCAAAUUGGCUCCCCGUCGACCCUGAAGCUGGCUUUGCGAUUGGCUCGGCCAUGAUGAUGAAUGAGGAUGUAUUUGCGUUUCAGGACGUCAAGCAUGCUUUCUUUCCAUCUGCCCCAGCGGCUUGGUCGUAUGAC